UCCUCCUGCCAUCUUCAACAACAACAACAUAUUCACUUUUAAUCUGCAAGGAGUCCACAGGCAAGUAGAGGGAACCAAAACAACAACACUAAACCACGAGGAGCCUUUAGCAUCAUGGAGUUUGAACAAUUUAGGACAGAGGAUGAUGAUGAUGAAGAAGAUGCAGCUAUUCAGUACAUGAUCGAACAGAGUCUGCUGGAGAGCAACAAACCAAAGGAAACUCAUCGAGACUCCACGACACGAGCCAGCAGAAGCUCUGGGCCUGAGUCUGUAGACAGCAGCACGAUCUUUACUGCUAUAAGACAAGGUAAUGAGAAGCUCUUGAAGGAUCUGUGUGUCCGACAGAAAGACAAGUUUUCAGAGACAGACAGCAGAGGUUGGACUCCCAUCCAUGAAGCAGCAGCUCAGACCAACCAAACCAUCCUGGAGCUCACAUUCAAAGGUUCAGGUCCAGACUCUGUAGAGCGUCGUACUCUUCGUGGUCAGACGCCUCUCUUUCUCGCAGUAGAACGAGGUCUGAUAGAAAACGUCUCCUUCCUCCUCCAACAUGGAGCUCAGCCGGACAGCCAGGACCAAGACGAGGAGUCACCGAUGCUCAUAGCGAUCCGUUCAGACUACAUCGACCUGGUGAAGCUGCUGCUCCUACGUGGCUCUAGGGUAAACCAUGAAUGCUGCCACGGCCGCCGUCCCCUCCACGAGGCCUCACGGUUGGGUAAAGCAGCGCUGGUGAACCUGCUGCUGGAGGCCGGAGCACAGCCAGACCCUCGCAGCCACUACGGCCUCACACCGCUGGCUCUGGCUGCUCAGGGAGGACACCUGGAGGUGGUGGAGACUCUACUAAAGAGAGGGGCGGACGUCCUGUCCCAGGCGGAGGAUGAGGCCUCCAUCUUGUAUGAGGCGUCCUCGUCUGGAGAUCCAUCUGUCAUUAGCCUUUUGCUGGAGUACGGCGCUGAUGCCAACGUCGCCAAACAGACAGGACACAUGCCGAUCCACCGUGUGGCACACAGAGGACACCUGCAAGCUCUGAAACUGCUGAUUCCAGUCACUUCUAAAGAAGAGGUAAACGACAGCGGGAUGAGUCCUCUACACUCUGCUGCUGCAGGAGGACACGCACACUGUCUCAAGGCUUUGCUGGAUGCAGGUUAUGACCCCAACUACAUGCUCCAACCCUGGAUUCGCCGUAACUACGACGACGAGAGGAAGUCUGCGCUUUUCUUUGCUGUCCUCAAUAACGACGUGCCGUCUGCACGCAUGCUGCUGGAGUCUGGUGCCAUGGCCAACCAAGACCCAAUCAAAUGUCUGCAGGUUGCUCUGCGUAUUGGCAACUAUGAGCUGAUCAACCUGUUGCUGAUGCAUGGAGCAAACGUCAACUACUACUGCAAAAUAAACACAACACACUUCCCCUCUGCCCUGCAGUACGCUCUCAAAGACGAGGUGGUUCUCAGGAUGCUGUGCAACUAUGGUUACGAUGUGGCACGCUGCUUUGACUGUCCCUAUGGCAACAGCCUCCAUAUCCCUGAAGGUUUCGAGGGGUGGUCCGACUCUGUGAUCAAAGACACUUUGUUCUGCGAGGUGAUCACCGUUUACUGGCUGAAGGAGCUCUCAGGUCAUUUAGUUCGAGUCAUGCUGGACUACGUGGAUCAUGUGACCUUGUGUUCCAAACUGAAGGCAGCUUUGAUGGAGCAGCCGCAGUGGCCCGACAUCUGCAGGCUGCAAGAAAAUGUUUGCUGUCUGCAGCAUCUCUGUCGUCUGCGGAUCCGUCGUUGUCUCGGUCGCCUUCGUCUCCGAUCUUCCACGUUCAUGAGUUUCCUGAAGCUGCCACAGCGACUGAAGGACUACAUCUUGUACCGGGAGUACGACCUGUACGGGCAACAGAGCAGUGCGCACAGAUGGCACAGGAGUGACAAAAUUCAAACAAAAUAGUUGAAUAUGAACAUUUAAAGAUUUAAAGUCACACUUUAAAGGCAGAAUGAGUAAGACAACAUUCAGAGUUGUGUUGUGUCCCUGACUCAGUGCUGCUAUUUGCAGUGUUCUUACAAUGCUCCACCCAAAACUGGACGCCCAAAAACCUCCUGAACACAGCAAAAUAAAUACAGGCAGAAGGCUUCAGAGUCUCUGCAGAUACAGACACCAUCACACGGGUCAUAAAUAAUGAAUAAAAUUACUUAUUUUUGUUUGAGUCAAACA